AUGGAUUAAUAAAUUUAGAGUUUAUUUUAAAACAUUCAUAAGUUUGAGCCCCAAUUAUCUCUAAACAGUCAAGUUUAACAAGAUGAGCUUUUUAACAUUUUAAAUAGUAUGUCUAGGAAAUUACAUAAUGUCCAAUAUGACUUUGAUACUUUCCUUGAGUUGUACUAAAGAGCUUAAUAGAUUAGUAAUUAUGUGACUAUCUAUUCUUUUUUGGAUGUUCACCUCCAAGCAGUCGAUAUCUUAAACUAAAGAGUUGUAAACUAAUAGCAAGAUAUUGUACUUUUAAAAAAUUUUACUUAAGAUCUGAACAGAUACCUAUAAAAACCAAACGAUGCCUUCAAUAAUAGAAUGGUAACUGAACAAUACUUGAAUAUCAAUAGAAUUAUUGUCUCAGGAAGUGAUGUAUUCUAAAUUUAACCUUUUUAGAUAAGGUUAGUUGAUGAACAAUAGAGAGAAUCCUAAUUUCCUUUGAUAGCAGACAACCAGGGUUAUAUUUGCCAACCCAAACAGAGAAUUUCUGUAAAUAAUCUUUAUCAGCAAUUCACAAUUGAAGUAAUCGAUUAAUAUAGUGUAGUAGCCUAUGCUUAGAUGUCUGUCUAUCAUUUGGGUAUUUUUAAUAGUAACCCUGUAAGACUCUUUGUUUAUUUCACUGAUCAAUUCAAAAGAGAUCUCACAAUAACAGUUGAAGGAUAAGUUGAAAUUUCUAAUUUAGAAUAUGCUAAUUCAGAUCUAAAGGUUUUAAAGUAAGAAGAAAUUCGUUUAAGCGAUGAACUUAUGAACACUUAAGAAUAAUUAAGAAGUUUGAACUUCCCUUUUGAAACAGUUUAAGGGUCUUAUCGUUAAACUUCUAAUUAAGGUUCAUUCCUUUAAGGAGGAUAUCCAAAUACUUUAGCUUAAAAUGCAAAUCCUGGUUUUUAUAGUGAUACAGGUUUUGGUGGUGUAUAGGCGCUUUAAACAAAUUAACACGUUGCUGUUUAAGGAGGUAUUAUGCAUACAUCUGCCAAUGAAGAAUGUGAUUUUGAUUCAAAAUCACUGGUUAGAAACAUCCAUUACCUCUUAAUUAUUUAUUUGAUUGUUGCAGUAAUUUUCUGUAUAAAGCGUUCUAUGUUCCUUGAUGCAACUAUAGCUAUUUCGUUCUUAGCUGUUUUGCAUAGAGCACACUAGUUAUAAACUAAAAUAGCUGAUGUACUUAAACUUUUCAUAGGUCUUUUUGCAACUACUACCGCUCUUGAUUUAGCUUGGUUAAUUGUCUACUUCCCAUCUUGGAAUAGAGAUAGCACCAGUGAAGAUUAAGGUGCUUAAGGAGUUCUAAGAAUUAUUAUUCUAGGUGGAAGUCUUCUAUUUAUGAUUUACAAAGUUCUUUUGAUAGUUGCUGUUUUCUUCUUACACAAAGAUUUUGGUAAAUAAUAAGAAGUUGUUCAAAAAUCUAUUGAAAAUUUCUUAAUUGGCAACGAAGCCACUCGUGUUUCUCAUAACCCAACUGUACCUAAUACCGCUUCUAGAGUUUAAUAUUGA